ACUAUACAAAUGCGAGGACGAAGCUUGAGUCCAUUAUCCGAUGAUUUUCUUGAGACAGAAGAGUCAUCUGAUGGAUCGGAGGAGAUUGGAUAUGAUUCUGCUCCUGUUCUGGAAUUAAUGGCAAAUGUGGAAAAUGAAAAUAUUGAAUUGUCGGUGAAGGAUCGUAUGGAUUACAUUAUUGCAAUUGUAUGUGGUGACAUCGAAAAAGCUCCGCUAUUAGAGGACAGCAAAUAUGAACUAAAUACAGAAAUUUUGCAUAAUGAAUGCUCUUCAAAACCGCAAGUACGACCGAAAGGACAUCCACGUCUUAGCCAUGGAAAAACUGAGCAGCUUGCAAAAUUAAGUCUGUCACUUUCAAAAAAGAAAAAGCACGAUCCGCCGACAUGCCUUCGCAUAGUGCGUAAAUGCAUAGUGGAAAAUGUAGCAGUAGAUCAAAUGGUUGGUCCUAGCAAGGCUUCGCACGAGAGUGAUGAAGAGACAAAACACGAGGUUGAACCACCGAAAAAACGUGGUAGGGGGCGCAAACCGAAACCAAAAGCUGAACAGACAUCGAAGAAUGAUAUUGAGAAGGAUGAGCUGAGUGGAAAUAGUGACGAAGCUGAAGAUGGUCGUAAACAGCGUCCUUCACGUCAGCGUCGUAAACCAAACUGGAUUAAUGAAAAUUAUGUUACUGGUUUUAAGAAUAAACGCGCUCGUCGUGAUGAUGAUGAUGUGGAUUUGGAAUAUGCGCAACCAAAAGGGCAAAGUCGACCAUCAUCGAGAACCGGACAAAGUCGACCGCCAUCGAGGACUGAAUCAAAAUGUACUAAAAAUGCAGAUAGUCAACGCUCAACAUCUGUUGAAUUUUGUAGUACCAUUCCUGGUAUUCAGUCGGAGGCAAGCAGCGAAGAAACAUCAAACUCAUCAACUCCUGCACCACAUGAAAGCACAUAUAAUAUUGCGACUAGUAGCAAUGGCAAUAGUGCAAUACGAUCGUCAUUUCCCUUAUCGUCAACUGGAAUGUCCUCAACUGAUGCUGAAAAUGGCAGAGAUAUAAUGAGCAAGAAAACAUGCCGUUUACAGUAUGCUCCACGAGCACGAAGAAUGAAAUAUGGAGAUGAUUCGUUAUCCAACGUCGAUGAAGAUGAAAUAGCGUGUACCUCAUCAAAAAAUGCUAAGAGACAGGUAACUAGCGACAGCGCAAAAGUAGCAUCAGGGAGUGGACGCCCCAUAUCACAAUCUCGUCGUAAGCAGGAUCUCUCAACAAUCCAUGAAAAUAAUGAUGAAGUCAUGAUUUUACGUUAUUCAAAUGGUGAAGCAUCUCUUCCCAAAGAUCUCUCUGAAAUUCCUGCCUACCUUACUGAAACACAACCCGAUUUAUUUUUCUCAUUUAUCCGUCCUGCUUCGCCUUCAAGUGAUGGCGCCCAUAAGAGCAUGCAAUGCGGCGACAUUAUUGUGAAUAUAUCGGAACACGAAGCGAGCACUAAAUACGUUUCACAUGCGCGAUAA